AUGCGAAGUCGGUAUAAACAAACAAAACAUAUUGAAGGAUUAUUUUGGCGAGCUGCUAAAGCAUAUCGAAUAGAAGAUUUUCAGGAGGCUUUACGGAUGAUCAGAGCUGAAAAUCCAACUGCAACAGCUUAUCUGGAAGGUAUUGACUAUCAACACUGGGCUCGUGCAUACUUUCCUGGCAUCCGAUAUAAUAUCAUGACUACAAAUAUUGCUGAGUCGUUUAAUGCCUUGGCAAGACAAGCGCGAAAGUUGCCAGUGAUGAUGCUUCUUGAAUUUUUGCGCUCAACUUUACAAAAAUGGUUUUAUACUCGCCGCAAUAUGACAGAUGCUUGUACUCAUUUUCUAACUCCAUGGGCUGAAGAGAAGAUGGCCAGUCAUAUCCUAAAGUCAGCCAAUAUGAGUGUCAAGCCGAUAACAAUUGAUCGAUAUGAAGUACAUGGUCCGAGUAAACCUGUUGCUAUAGUUGAUCUUGCUAAAAAGGAGUGUACAUGCAGAAAAUUUCAACUAUCACAAAUAGCAUGUACACACGUUGCAGCAAUCGCCAGAUUUCAAAACCUUUCGCACUGUUAUCCAUGUGUGAACAAAGAUUACUCAACUGAAUAUUGGCAAGCAGUAUAUAGAGAAAGUGUUGAACCAUUGGGUGAUCCAUCAGAAUGGGUGCAAUCAGAAGAAAUACGUAUAGUCCACCCACCUCAGAUGGGACAUCGACGUUCUAGUCGACCUUCGGAACACAAUAGAAGGCUAUUGCAAGGGGAGGAAACCCGUCAAGUUGAAUGUAGUCGGUGUCAUGAGAAAGGACAUACUCGAUUAGUUUGUACAAAUCCUUUGUCAGGUGUUGGGUCUGCAAGAGAGGUGUAA